AAUUCAAUUUUAUAUAAAUAAGUAAUUUUAUUUCAUGUUUUACUUAUUCAGUAGUGUAGUUAUUUCAUUUUUCCUGUCGGAUUCUUGCAGAUUGACUGAUUGAGAAAAACAAAUCGCUUACUAAGAUAUUCUUCUUGCUGGACUUCAUUUGUUGGUAAAAUGUGAAAUGGCUCUUUACCUUGGAUGAUUUUGCAGACGAUUAAGGAUGCAGCAGCACCUGGAGGUAUAAGUGCCUUUUUCCAUUGUGUCAUUAUCACAACGAAUUAGUACAGUACCCAUAAAGAAAUAUUAUCAACCAGCAGGAGGGUCUUCAUGCUGUUGGAAGUUCAAUGCCCAGUAGUAUCCUUUCAAAUUCUUCAAUUCUUCAUGAGUUCCCAUCUGAAAAUAUGUGGUUUUUUAUAUUGCUUCUGGUGGAUAUUAUUUGCGUUUCAUUAGGCCAGCUUUCAAAGUAUAUGAAUAACAAUGAAGCAUAUGAUAAGCCAUUCUUUAUCACUUACAUACAUUCCUGUAUGUUUAGCAUUUAUUUGUUGGGGUUCUGUCUUUGGCCAUCAUGGAGGGAUUAUUGCAGCAGUCCUCGAAAUUAUAUGAUAAUUGAUAACAACCUAGAGGAUGACAAUUUUUAUCAUGAUAGCCAUUCUAGUUUGAGUAAUCCAGUAUAUGUUCCUGUAAAGAUAUCUGAUAGAGAUAACAUAGAUAAAAGUUCAGGCACAGAAAGUGAUGAUACAUGUACAAAAUCAGUUCGUUUUAACAAAUUAGCAGAGGUGAGACAAAUGUCUGAAUUGGAAGCUGCUGAAGCAAUGAUGGCAAGAUUACCUUAUCAUGCCAGUGCAAAAGCAGAACAUGGAAAAAUAACAUACAAUUUACCAAUAUAUAAAGUUAUUAAACUUGCUUUUGUUGCUGGUUUAUUGUGGUUUAUAGGAAAUUAUAGUCAUGCAUUAGCUUUAAAAAUGGUACCCAUUGAACUUGUAAACUUUUUGUCUUCAACAUCAAGUAUUUUUACUCUGGCUUUGUGUGAUUUUUUACCUGCUAAUCAAACAGAUAAAUUCACACUGUCAAAACUAAUGGCUGUGUUUAUAAGUAUCUUAGGACUGGGAUUUGUAAUAUUUUCAAAAUCAAACAUAGAAUCUCCUAUUCUCACGCAAGGAGCGCUCCUAGUAUUUCUUCAUGCGCUCUUUAUUGCGUCCUAUGCUGUAUUUUUAAGGCGUAAGAUUGAUCAUGAAGAUAAAAUUGACAUUCCCUUAUUUUUUGGUUUUAUUGGUCUUAUAAAUUUAUUUGUAUUGUGGCCUAUCAUGCUGUUUCUCAAUUUAAAUGAUUGUGAGCGCAUCGAAUGGCCCACAAAGCAUCAAUGGUCUCACAUUCUUUUAAACGGAUUCAUUGGGACAGUGAUUUCAGAAGUUUUGUGGAUAUGGGGUGCUUUCCUCACUUCUCCUCUUUUGGCGAUAAUGAUGUUAAGUUUAAUUCAUCCGUUGACAAUGUUGACGGAUUUUUUAUAUGAUAAACUGACCUAUCCUUAUUUAUUCUAUUCUGGGAGUGCGUCGAUGGUGCUAGCUGUAGUUUCGAUUGUAGUACUUAUUCAAUACGAGAAUUGGGACCCAGUGUUAAAUGCUCUACGUCGUGCCUAUUCUAGCGUCUUUACUAACCUCACAAUAGUUCGGAGUAGAAUUUCAGAUCAAAAUUCUGAACAAACUGAAGCUCUUAUAAGUAUUAAUAGUGAACAUGAAGCGUAAAUAGUAAUUAUAUUUUUUAAAUGAACUUGUAAUGUAAUGAUGGGCAAAUUGAAUUGCAAAUCAUUGCGGAGGUUGAGAUUUUAAACGCUUUUCCAAUUCAGGGAAUUACAGAAACAUCGUAAUGUGCCUGAAUUGACUGACAAUAAUUAAAAAAAAAUGGGCAAUCAUUAAUAGAUAUUUUUUUCAUUUUGGUUGUUUUAAGGAUACAUACCUGGCAGUGUCUGUAUCUCUGGAUGCCCUAAUUUUUCCAGUUUAUUAGUUUUAUAACUUUCAUUUAUUUAAAAACUAUUAAUCAUUCUAAAACAUGUUUAUUGAUAUUUUAAUCAUAUUUUCUUUUGGCAAUAAUUAUCAUUCAGAGAGACAGUUAAAGACCACAAUUUUUAUAGACGAUGGACGCGAUAUGAAAAGUAGUAUAAUUGAGAGUAUAUAGUGAUUUGCUUUUGAUGACCCAUCAUUGUUAUUAACAGUAUUACUGUAAUUUUCUCAUGUGUCUGUUAAAAAAUAUGUAAUAUAUUUAACUUAACGCAGAAUAUGCUAUGUUUAGAUAUUUAAAACGUAUAAACUGAUUUAAGCUUUGUUUAGUUAUUAAGUAGGUAAAGUUAAUGAUAAAAUUGUGAUUAAAUAUACACAUACAUCUUCUAUUCUAAUAAGUGGAUUUAUUGUAUUUCAGUGAUAAAUAUUUUCUUAGCACAAAAAGAUGGAAUUGUAUAUUCGUAUUAAAUUUGAUUUAAAUUGUCCUACCGUAAGUAGCAUUUUAGAUUUUUAUAUGUAGCAUUUUAGAUUUUUAUAUCUAAAUGUAUUUAUUGUGAAGUUCCUUUAAUGUUUGCAUAAUGUUAAUUCUAACUUACCUGUAAUAUAUUAUCGAUGUCUUCUUUAAAUGAAUAUGUAGAUAAAUGUACUUUAAGACAUUUACUCUUUAUUAAAUGUUAAUUUAGUGUUCAAAAGAUAUAUUCUAUUUUGUAUUUUUUUAUAUGUUGUAUACUAUUUAAUUCUGUCAUUGUAUUUUUUAGAUUGUGGAGAACAUCUUUCAAUUAAUACCUAAUUUAUAAUUUUUUUUAUGUUACAAUCCUUUAGGAGAUAAAAAAUAAAUAGGUGUUUAAGAAAGCUAUGAAAAAACAAGAUUAAUGACUUUGACAUUUUUGAUGCAAGUUUUAUUGACGCUAUUGAAAAUAACGUUGAUGUUCAAGAUUGAAGAUUUUAAUAAGUGGUUUUUUUUAUUGAAAUUUUGAGAUGAGCGAAAUUAAAUUACCAGUCGUUGUGAAAGAUGAUGUACUUGAUUUGAGAAAUAGUAACAUAACUGAAGCUUCAAAAAAUAACAGCAUCAGACUGAAGAGAGAGGAAAGGUCUCCUUCACUUAAAUCAGUAUCUCAUACAGCCCUUGAAGUUAAACAGAAUGUUCUAGGAGAUUAUGACCAAGAAAAAAUGGAACAAAGACACAUAAAUGCAUUAAAAAGCUUAGGUAAAAAUCAGAACUUGCCUCCUGUACAAAAAACAUUAGAAGAAAAGAAACACAAGUUUCGAUCUAGGACUCUCGAUCCACGUUUCAGAAGGUCUCGAUCUCCUAACAAAAAAGUGACAAAUUCUCAAUCGAUUUCUGCAAUUAAACCAACUCAUAUUAAAGUUCAUCAUCGACCCAGAUCAAUGCAAAAUUUUUCAAACAGCCCUGCUUUUUAUGCAAUGAAGCAAAUAAUGGGUAAAGAAAAUGAAAACAUUUGUGAUUUUCUAAUAUCAAACAGUACUCACACUGAAAUGGAUGAAAAUGUGCACGUUAAUGAAAAAGGUACAAUGACUGAAAAUGUAGUUGCCUAUGAAACGAAGAACCCCCCAUUUGAAAACUUUUUAAUAAACAACGGCAGUGGAGAAAAGCUGUAUACUAAAGAUUCUUAUUGGAAUGAUCCCAAGAAUUUAGAUAAAACUCUUAAACCACCCUUAAUGAGAGCAAAGUCAUCAAUAUCAUCUUUUACAACCAGAAAGUCUUUACAAAAGGUGGAAAAGCUUGAUACAAAGAUUUGCCCAAGAUGCCGUCACUCUAUCAGCGAAAAUGAUAAUGAUGCUAGUACAUAUGUAUUUGAUGAUGUUACUGAAGUCACCGAUAUUCAACCCAUAUUUUUUGCGAAAAUUACAGAAAAGAUUAAUAACUUGACCAUACCUUUCGAAAAAACUAAACUUGAUAUCUCAAAAUUUCUUAUUGGAUAUGUAACUGCAUUAAUUAUAGUAACGUUAAUAAUUGGAGUUUUUUUAUUAUUGGAUCCCACUCCGUUACUAGAAUUUAUAGAAAAUUGCUUUUAUGAAGAAUCAUCAGAACCAGAAAUACCAGAAACUGAAGAAAGUUUUCUGGAUAUUUUCAACUUUAGCGGAACUUCCUUAUUUUCAAGAAUGCAUAAUAUUUUGGAUAAUAUUGUUGAUAUACUUACCACAAAACGAAAACAGACAAUUCAAUCUGAAGUAGUCGAAAAUAAUGAUAAAUGGUGGCUUUUUUGAUGUCUGUGAUUUGUACCAAUAAGUUGCACCUCCUUAGUAUACGUAUAUAUAAUAUUUGAAAGAAAAUAUAAUAAAAUGUAAGUUGACUUGCUAUACAACUAAAUCAAAAGUAAUAAAGCAUUUCUCAGACAAAA